UCCGGAAACAAAUUACGUCAUCAAAUCGCGCCGAAAAUCAUCAACCAAAGCGAAAAGUGUCAACAGGAGCAGCGAGUGCGUCUUCUUCACGACUUUGGUGGCUGUGGUUAUGAGCAGUCCCAUGGCUGGCUCCGCCGCCUCCAGUUCUAAAGACCGUCCAGUUUCCAGGACCAGUUUCAUUCCAGAGCUACAGAGCAUGAUGUUUGCUCUGGGAGAUGCUCGCAGGCCUCUGCACGAGACAGCAGCUCUGGUGGAGGACAUUGUGCACACACAGCUCAUUACUAUGCUGCAUCAGGCCUGUGAAGGGGCCUCUCUUCGUGGGUCGAGGGUCAUUUCAGCUGAGGACAUCCUGUUCCUGAUGAGGAGGGACAAGUUGAAGGUGGCGAGGUUAUUAAAAUAUCUCCAGUUUAGAGAUUAUAAAUCCAAACUACUUAAAACUCUAGACGAUGAAGAAUCACAGCAAGAAACAGGUGCUGCUGGUGGUGUUGCCGGUGGUAACCAGCGGAGGCAGCGAUUGGCCCAGGAUUUUCUGGUGUGGAUGGAUCAGACCGGUGACUUACUGUCAUUGGCUGAGCGGCACGAAGUAGACCCCGUCAAACAAGAGCGAAUGGAGCGUUUAGAGCGUCAGACUCGAACAAUGGACCAGGCUCAGUACUCUGAGUUCUGUGAGAGUCGGCAACUCAGCUUUGCUAAGAAAGCAUCAAAGUUUCGGGACUGGCUGGACUGCAGCAGUUUAGAGCUGAAACCCAACAGCAUUGCCAUGGAGAUUCUGUCGUACCUGGCCUAUGAGACUGUUGCCCAGAUCGUGGAUUUGUCUCUGCUGGUAAAGCAGGAAAUGGCCACAAAGACCAAUCCCAUCAGUCAUGUGAUCUCUUCCAGCUACAUCCACUACAACACUCACACUGAGGUAAAGAAGGAUCCAGACUCACCUGAAGCCACGCCCCCUUCCACCCCAGGCUCCUCCCACUCUUCGAAGCCCCUCUUACAGGGUAAUGGCAGUCUGGACGGUCGCGCGAGACAGAGGAAACGCAAAAAGAGCUGUCCGGCUGCAGUGGAACCUCCCAGUGGAGCCAUCCAGCCCUGUCACAUCAGAGAGGCCAUUAGACGAUACAACUACAGACACAUACGUGCUUAUUCGAGGAGUGGGAUGGCCUUCCUCAGCUGCUGAAGAUGCAACACAUUUUACAAAUACCUGCACAAUCUUUUUCUGUUCUAUUGUUGUAAUAAAGAUUUUUCAGUAA